CCCGCGCCCCACGAUCAGCAAGCAUGAAGCGGAGAGGGGUCUGGGGAGGCUGCCGCUGCCUCCUGCUUGGCCUCCUCGCGGUGUGUCUCGGCGGCAGCGUCUUCCAGCCGGCAGGGACCCUGGAAGUGAAGACGGAAAGUCAGAAGAGAGCACAUUUGCAUACAGAUGUGAAUCUUGCAUGUCAUAUCCCUGGGAUCCCUGCUCCUGACCUGAAUACCAAUAAAACAGCAGUCACCUGGUAUCUGGAGACUUCUGGAGUGAAAACAGUAGUAUACUCGGUUAUUUCCGGCAUUCAUACUUCACAUAGAAAUGGAUCAAGAUUGGAUGAAAGCAAACUAAAAGAAGGCAAUGCUGAACUCUUCCUUCCACAAAUACAGGUUAAUGAAGGGGGAGCAUAUACAUGCUCUGUGACAGUUACUCCAGAUAAAGAUAAAGGAACCACCUUUUUAGAGCUAGUUGCUCAGCCUGUUGUCAACCUGUUUCCCAAGGAGGUUACAAUAGAAAGGGACAAGGAGAAGACAGUGACAUGUGCAGUGGAGAAAUUCUACCCUAGUUUGAUUGUAAUUCACUGGCAAAAAAAUUCCAAGAACGCUUCAGAUAAAACUGUAUCUGCAGACUAUAUUUGCACAGGGGCCUCUGUGAAAAACGGAGAUGGCUCUUUCAAUGUCACCAGUAAGCUGAGGCUGCAACCAACUUCACAAGAUGAUGGAAACAUCUAUAGUUGUAUUGUGGAACACAAAUCCUUUGCCACACAUCCAACUUUAAAUGUCACCUUGAAAGUGACAGAUCCUGAAACAGAUUCAACCUUGAUAAUUGCUUUGUGCCUUGGCUUAAUUGUAGUCACUGUGGUAGUUUCUGGAAUAGUGUUCAAUGAAUAUUUUAGGACACGUCCACCAACAAUCACCCCAAUCGUUGGCAAUUCGGACUUGACGCAUUCGGAAGAAACUGAGUUGCUGUGCUUGUUUUCUGGUUUCCGUCCAAAGCCUUUAGGCAUCACUUUUUUCUUAAAAACUGGAUCUGAAAAAAAGAAAAUAUUCUCUUGGCAUACUACUACAGCAGGCGAUUCCGAGCAAGGCAUUCCUCUUAUUGAGCACUCAGAUAUCUUUAGGUUUUCUCCAAAACUAGAAACAAAAAAGAAACGCACUUUUGACAUUUCCUGCACAAUCUACAUAACUUCAGAUGUAAAGAUGGAGAAAUUUGAGCUUUUGCUUGAAGUUACACAUGACGCUCUACCACAUGGUUUGCAUUCAGAAACAAAAUUCUUUAAAGUCAGAGCAUUACCAUUGCUGGAUAACAUUUGCUGCUCAACAGAUGUGCCAAGACCAGAUGAGCAUCUCACUCUUAGCUGCAGAAUUUAUGCUUUUUUCCCUGAAACAAUUAAAGUUCAGUGGUACAAAGGUGAUGAGCCAUUUCCAGACAGUUCUUCUGAAGGAAGACCCAAAAGAGGUCGUGACAGUCUUUUCUUCUGCUACAGCAGUAUAACAUUUCUUCCACAAGCAGCAGAUAGUGGAAAGAGAUUCAUCUGUAAAGCUAACCUUCAAGGCUCACAGCAGUUCAAAGAAUCUUCUUGGGAGAUGAAAACUUUGGUAUUUAGUCCAACGGUCUCCGAAAUAAAAUGUGUCCCUACAGAGCCAGUGCAUGGAGAACCCAUUACAUUGUCUUGUUUCGUGAAAGAUUUUUACCCAGCCGAGUGUGACAUUUAUUGGAAAAAAGACUUUAAAGAACUCACUCAUGCUACAGUGAUGACCGAGGAGCCACAGCAGGACACAACAUCAAAGUUGUACAACAGGAAAAGCCAAGUAUCCUUUACACCUGAACCAGAAGACCAUGCAGUAGACUUCAUUGUUGAAAUCUACCAUUACAAGAAAACUAUAAGAAGGAAAUAUCAACUCAUGUUAAAAGGUUCCCCUAAAGUAACUGGUAUUUUUCUUGAACCAAGUGAUCCAUGCUAUGGAUAUACUUUGUCUUUAACCAGUGAAGUCCGGGAUUUCUAUCCUAAAAACAUUACGAUCGAAUGGCUGGAUGGAGAUAGAUGUCUAACUGAUGGUCUGGUCACAGAGGGACCAGUGGAGGAUUCCAAUGGCUGUUUCAAGUUAUCUUCUAAGUUGCAGCUGAAACCUACAGCUUUGGAUUAUGAGAAGUGCAUUAGCUUCAGGGUCACCCACAGUUCACUCAAGGAGCCGAUUACAAAAAGUACCUAUCUAAAGCUCCCAGCAAAAGCCCCCAUUACAUCUGCCAUAAAGGAAGUGCCAGGAAAAAAUGGGAAAGGCAUCUGUCUUGAAACUUUCAUAUCAGAUUUUGCACCUCGUGAAAUACGAGUGGUGUGGUAUGAAGACUGGAAAAAAAUACAUGAAGACAACAAUCCCAGGGACAUUCAGACUGGAGAGAAUCAGUUAUGUUGUUUUACAAGCAGCACAGAGAUUACUUCAAAAGCAAGCGACGUUGCAAAGAUUAUCAGUUGUGAAAUUUUUCACCCAGCAACGAAAUCAUUUAAAGUACAAACUUUUUGUUGUUACACAAAGUUAGAACUCUUGCAAGUGAGUGCAAACAGAGCAAAUGCCUGGAUAACCUGUGAGCCACAAUCACAUAUGACCAAUAAAAAGUUCUGAGCCCACCGGAGAAAAAGUAACUAAUCCAUUAAAGACAGAAUGAGUUGCCUGCAGCCCAAUGGCCAAUGAGAAGGCAAACCUUCACUAUUGCAUUUGGGAUGGUGGAGGAAAACAGAACAGCUGAGCCUGAGAGUGCACUGGUGCACACAAGCUUAUUGCCUCGAAUACUGGAGAUAGCACACAACCAUAAUUCCAUAAUUUAACUAUGCACUGUGUGAAGAAGUACUUCCUUUUAUUUGUCCUGGAUCUCCCACCAAUCAAUUUCAUGGGAUGA